AUGACUGCCGACUCGUAUCCGCUGCCCCGAAUAUGGGACCACUUGAGGGCCGCAACAGGCCGUCAGCACUUCACGACUCUGGAUAUGAACUCGGGAUUCUGGAACGUGCCAAUAGCGGAGGAGAGCAAGCACCUCACCGCGUUCAUCACACCGUUUGGGCUGUUCGAGUUCAAUGUCACCCCCUUCGGGCUUAAGAACUCGCCGGCGGAGUUCCAGCGCGCGAUGGACAUGGUGUUCGAGGAGGUGUUGGACGAUCGCACUCUGUGUUACAUUGAUGAUAUCAUAAUCGCGACGGACACGGUGCCGGAGAUGAUGCAGCGGCUGGAGAAGGUCUUGCGACUGUGCAGAGAGAGGCUUCUACCUCAGGCUAGAUAA